ACAUUUUAGACUAAACCUUUAAAAAUCCAAGAUGGAAGCGAAAGAAAGUAUUGCAACACAUGGUGUAGAAAAAGACGAAAAUGAAAGGGCUAACAUGUCAGCAGGUGCCAGUAACACGGGCACUGAAAAGCCAACAUGUGUCAUUGUUCUUGGCAUGGCCGGUUCUGGGAAAACAACUUUCGUUCAGAGAAUUGUUGGGCAUUUGCAUGCAAAUAAAACACCUCCCUAUGUGAUCAAUUUAGAUCCAGCUGUACAUGAAGUACCUUUUCCAGCAAACAUUGAUAUAAGGGAUACCGUCAACUAUAAAGAAGUGAUGAAACAAUAUGGCCUUGGUCCGAAUGGUGGAAUUGUUACAUCACUGAAUCUGUUUGCUACAAGAUUUGAUCAAGUCAUGCAGUUUGCAGAGAAGAAGACUAAAGAUGAAUGCAAGUACAUUAUCAUAGACACACCUGGACAGAUUGAAGUAUUUACUUGGUCUGCCUCAGGCUCUAUUAUUACAGAAGCUUUGGCAUCGUCUUUUCCAACUGUGGUUGUUUAUGUAAUGGACACAUCCCGCAGUGUGAGCCCGGUCACUUUUAUGUCCAACAUGACAUACGCCUGUAGUAUACUGUAUAAAACAAAGUUACCUUUCCUUCUAGCAAUGAACAAAAUAGACAUAGUAAGUAACCAGUUUGCUGUGGAAUGGAUGACAGAUUUUGAGACGUUCCAGGAGGCUUUAGAGCACGAGACUUCGUACACGUCAAAUCUAACUCGGUCAAUGAGUCUAGUCUUGGAUGAGUUCUAUGCUACACUUAAAUCAGUUGGUGUGUCUGCGGUUACCGGAGAAGGUGUACAAAAGUUUUUCUCGCUCGUUGACGAGGCUGCUGUGGAAUAUGAAAAAGAUUAUAAACCAAUGUUGGAGAGAAAGAAGAAAGAAGUGAAGGAAAAAGAUAGAAAGAGAAAGGAGCAGGAAUUGAAUAAAGUGGUUAAAGAUAGAGAAGAGGAAUUGAUGGAGACUGAAGGUGAAAUAAACUCAUAUCAUCUUUUAUUUUUAAGCCUCACUUUUAACUAA